AUGUCGAUGAUCACAGCUGCCCAGUGGGUCCCCAGGGGAUUCGCUGCGCCGUUCCCCCAAAAAUACACACUUGACGAGGCCGAAUAUGAGAGAAUAGCCGAGCUCGCCAAGCUCCAGCUCGACGACGCUGAGGACGACCUCAAGGAAGCGCAAGAGAAGGAGGGCGAUGAUGACGAUAUGGUGGGCGAGGCGCCGGCAAAUCGGAAGAAGAACCGCAAGUCAAAGACCAACUACAACGACGACGAGGACCUGAAGAAAUAUAACCUGGAUGACUACGACGACGAGGACGACAAGCCCACCGAAGAGGUCCAGGGCCUCAGCAUGUUUGGCAACAUGAAGUCUCUUUCUUACUACGAGGACAACAAGGACGAUCCUUAUAUCACGCUCCAGAACGAAGACGACGAGGAAAAGGAAGACUUGCAGAUCCUUGCUACCGACAAUCUGAUUCUCUCCGCCAAGGUGGAGGACGAGAUGGCGCACCUCGAAGUUUACGUCUACGAAGACGCCAGCGACAACCUCUACGUGCACCACGACAUCAUGCUGCCCGCCAUCCCUCUGGCCGUCGAGUGGAUCGACAUGCCGAUGAGCAACAACGGCACCGAGGGCAGCGACGCCCGCGGCAACUCGGUGGCCGUCGCGACCAUGGACCCGGACAUUGAAAUCUGGGACCUCGACACCAUCGACUGCAUGUACCCCAACGCGAUCCUGGGCCCCAGCGCCGACGCCAACCCCAGCAUCGUCAAGCCCAAGAAGAAGUCCAAGAGCAAGAAGACAAACGACAACUACCACGUCGACGCCGUCCUGGCGCUGGCCGCCAACCGCAAGCACCGCAACCUGCUGGCCUCGGCCUCGGCCGACAAGACAGUCAAGCUGUGGGAUCUGCACACGGCCAAGUGCGCCAAGUCGUACUCGUACCACACCGACAAGGUCUGCUCGCUGGCCUGGCACACGGUCGAGCCCACGGUCCUGCUGAGCGGCAGCUACGACCGCACCAUUGUCGCGGCCGACAUGCGCGCGCCCGAUGCCAAGGUCCCCCGCUGGGGCGUCGAGAGCGACGUCGAAAACGUCAAGUGGAACGUCCACGACCAAAACUACUUCUUCGUCUCGACCGAGGGCGGCGCUGUCCACUACUUUGAUGUGCGCAACGCGCCCGCCAACCCGGCCACGAGCAAGUCGGUGUGGACGCUGCAGGCGCACGACGAGUCGGUGUCGUCGUUUGACAUCAACCCCAUCAUCCCCGGCUUCAUGGCCACCGGCUCGACCGACAGAACGGUCAAGCUGUGGAACAUUCAAGCGAGCGGCCCAUCCAUGGUCGUCUCGCGCAACCUCGACGUCGGCAAGGUGUUCGCCACGACGUUUGCGCCCGACGCCGAGGUGGGCUUCCGCCUCGCCGUCGCGGGUAGCUCUGGAAGCAUGCACGUCUGGGACACGAGCACAAACCCCGCCGUUCGCAAGGUGUUUGCCGAGCGUUUGCCCGAGAAGACGGGCGAUGUGGAGGACCGUCUUGUUGGUGUGGACGAUGACGACAGCAGUUCCAGCGAAGAGGAGGACGAGGGUGAUGUGGCUGCCGAGGGUGAGGAUGACGACGAGGACGAUGAUGAGGAAGACGAGGAAGACGAAGAAGACGAGGAUAUGAAAGAAGCUUAA